UUCAAUGUCUUACCAGAUCUAAAAUCAGAAGACCCAGUGUCUGAAAUCCCACCCCUCAGAAUCAAGGACUUGCCUAUCAUCACUGCAUCCACUUUGGACGCAACUCUUCAAUUGUUUGUCACAUUGACCAUUGCGACAAGGGCUUCAUCAGGACUCAUUUUCAACACUCCAGACUGCCUUGAACAGACCACACUGGCCAAUCUCCGGCUGGACCUUCGGAUCCCGGUCUUCCCGAUCGGUCCACUCCACAAGUUCAUGGUGGGCCCUUCUGAUUCCAGCAGCUUGAUAACUCCAGAUAAUAACUGCAUGGCAUGGCUGGCCAAACAAGCCCCAUUAUCCGUCAUCUACGUGAGCUUUGGGAGUACAGGUGUGAUGGAUGGAGACGAUCUUGCCGAGAUGGCGUGGGGCCUGGCCAAUAGCGGGCAACCCUUCUUGUGGGUGGUUAGGCCUGGAUCUGUCAGUGUCUCGGAAUGUGACAAGCUGCCUGAAGGGUUUGAAGAGGAGACGCGCGAUAGGGGCCUAGUCGUCAAGUGGGCCCCACAACAAGAUGUGUUGGCCCACCCAGCAGUGGGAGGGUUUUGGACACAUAAUGGUUGGAAUUCUACGUUAGAGAGCAUAAGUGAGGGGGUCCCUAUGCUUUGUUCGCCACGUUUGGUAGAGCAAGGGAUCAAUGCUAGGCUGGUGAGCCAUGUUUGGAGGGUGGGGAUGACACUGGAGAAUGAGCUAGAGAGAGGUGAGAUAGAGAGGGGAAUAAGAAGAUUAAUGGUUGGACAUGAAGGAAAGGAGAUAAGGGAAAGGAUCAAGGAUCUGAAGGAGAACGUAGACCGUUCUAUUAGGAAAGGAGGCUCUUCCCAUCAGUCCUUGGAUGCUUUGAUUGAUCUGAUAUCGUCCUUCUAAAUUCUAAUGCAUCUUUUUCUCAUUAGAUCAUAGGCCCUCGAGUUGAGGUAUAGGGUUAUGUACAUGUGAGAUGGUAGAUUGGUGAUUUGGGCCUUUGAAAUGGUGGGCCACUUCAUCAAUCACGGAUGCCCCACAAAUAUCCUAGAUUGGAUGGUCAUAACCCUUCAAUCUGCAGCCUGGAUUUGUAUGGUUAAAAAGAAAAUAUAGCAACUGCUAUUAUGAGUUUCA